AUGUUUCUCACUCCCAACGAAGCCAACGGUAACCUACCUUGGCUCCAGUGGGACAUCCGCCUACCCUCUCGCCUCGCUCAACGGAGGAAUCAUUACGCGCAGACCAAGCGGCUUUGCUCGAAGUACCGGAAACAGCCCGCGACGGUCCCCGGGCUGUCGUGGGUCAAGAUCUCGUACAACGCGACGAUCGUGAGCGCCUUCAGCAACCGCUGGGGCGACAUCCUGGUCGAGAAGCCCGCGUCCGCGGAGGCGGUGACCAUGGGCGAUGUCCUCGACGCCAUCUACGACUUCUUCCAUCAACAAGUCAGGCACGAAGAGAUGUUGGACUUCAGGUCCUCUGUGCCAGAAGCUUGGGCAGCUGCUGAGAAAGCUUUCUAUCAGCGCUGCGACCAAAGCCCUGGUAUCACACAGGUGGAGGUCAGCGGAGGCAUGCGUCGCGUCGACUGCCUGGGUGAGAGGCACACCUUUUGGGGAAUGUGGGUCAUGCACACCUGCGAGCGCAACGUCGUAACCCCCUGGCUCAACCUUGGCCUCAUGCCGGACCUACCUCCGGGACAAUUUACGAGCAUGGGAUGGGAAUAG